AUGUAUAAAAUAAUUCACAAGGGUGGCUGUCCCCAGCUCUGCCACAGUCCUCGCACUAUAUUCGCACCAUUCUUCAAGUCAUUUCAUAAAACCAUGAUAUUGAAGAUCAAAACCAGUGAACCUAGGGAUGCCCUACAAAGUGAAAGGACGUGCUUGUCGUUUAUACGAUUCAGCACAACCCUAUUCAUUACAUCGUUUGGGAUUCUACUAAACUUUAAAUUGGACUCAUCGUCAUCUGCACCCCUUAGGCAGGACUUUCUAAGUUCAUAUUACUCAAAGGUUCUUUCAUAUAUGUUAAUAGCGUUGCUGGGCUUGUUCUUGGUGCUCAGUGGAAUCACAUACUUUGUCACGAUGAAGAGAUAUAAGCUAGGAAAGAUCGAAAAUUUUGGGUUCAAUAAUGUUUAUCACUCGGUUUUGGUGUUUGUCCUUAUAUUGGUAUUAUUUGUGGUAAACAUUGCGUUACUAGUUUCAAGCUACAAAACGGACUGA